GCGUGCAUCUGAUUAUCGUGGGUGGCGUGCUCCAGGUGAUAGCUGGCGUCUUGUCUUUCCGGCGAUGGGACCAUCUGACUGGGACUGCCUUCAUCGUGUUUGCUUCUAUGUGGAGCGCUAUGGGCAUAGGACGAAUACUGGCAAGUCAAGAUGGGGCGGAUCCAGAAGCCUUACGCCUUGGACAGCUUCCAGGCAUGGUUGGUUUCAUGGCUGUCGCCAUCAUUCUGUGCGUCUGCGCAGUGACAGUCAACUACAUCCUUCCGCCUGUUCUGGUCGCCAUCUUAAUGACGCUGAUUUUUGAGGCGGUGGGAGCUUUCUUUGACUGGGGGCGCCGGGUGGCUGCAGGUUUCGAACUCUUUAUCGUGAUAACAGGUGUCUACGCUGUUGUGGUCAUGAUGCUGAAAGGCAUCAGUCAGAGAUACAUUCUUCCAGGUUUCGGAAAUGCCAUCUACGACCCUCUUCUCAUCCAGAGUAGAGGUGCACCAACAGCGAGGAACGAAAGGAAGAAGAUCACAAAAUACGCCGAGCCCAUGGGGAUGGGUUUCCUUGGUAACGUUGUGCCUUCCGUCGUCUUAGCCUUCCACCAUCUUGGUUACUUCAACGACUUCCGGCCCGCCAUUGCUAUGUUCAUUUUCAGCGCAUUGUGUCAGAUGUUGGCAAGUUUCUACUCUUUCCUGCGCCACGACUUUUUCCACGCCAUCAGCUUCGUCAUUUACGCCACUUUCUGGAAUUCCAGGGCUAUUCUGCAACUUCUCAUCUCGUUGAACUUUCCUCAGAUUUUCGACUCUAGGGUCAAUUUUUAUGGCCAAUGGACGUUGAUCAUCAUUAUCAUGGUCCUGACCUUGAUGUCUGCCGCCCAUAACAG